GGGGCCGCGCUCGGGGGAGACCGCGGUGGAGCUGCGCCCGUGGCCGCUGGGCGCCCGCUCGCCCGCCGGCCCCCGCCGCCGCCGCCGCCGCUCACCCGCAUCUCCGCUCCCCGCUUCCCUCCCCGCCGCGUCCCCGCGCGAAGAUGGCAACCGACGCGCUGCACGAGAAGGAGACGCUGGCGUCGCUGAAGAGCGAGGCCGAGAGCCUCAAGGGCAAACUGGAGGAGGAGCGGGCCAAGCUGCACGACGUGGAGCUGCACCAGGUGGCAGAGCGGGUCGAGGCCCUGGGGCAGUUUGUCAUGAAGACCAGAAGGACCCUCAAAGGCCACGGGAACAAAGUUCUCUGCAUGGACUGGUGCAAAGAUAAGAGGAGGAUCGUGAGCUCAUCACAGGACGGAAAGGUGAUCGUGUGGGAUUCCUUCACUACCAACAAGGAGCACGCGGUCACGAUGCCCUGCACGUGGGUGAUGGCAUGUGCAUAUGCCCCGUCAGGAUGUGCCAUUGCGUGUGGUGGUCUGGAUAAUAAGUGUUCUGUGUAUCCACUGACGUUUGACAAAAAUGAAAACAUGGCUGCCAAAAAGAAGUCUGUUGCUAUGCAUACCAACUACCUGUCGGCCUGCAGCUUCACGAACUCUGACAUGCAGAUCCUGACGGCAAGCGGUGAUGGGACAUGUGCCCUGUGGGACGUGGAGAGCGGGCAGCUGCUGCAAAGCUUCCACGGGCAUGGAGCUGACGUGCUCUGCUUGGACCUGGCCCCCUCAGAAACAGGAAACACCUUCGUGUCUGGGGGUUGUGACAAGAAAGCCAUGGUGUGGGACAUGCGCUCGGGCCAGUGCGUGCAGGCUUUUGAAACACACGAAUCUGACAUCAACAGUGUCCGAUACUACCCGAGUGGAGAUGCCUUUGCUUCAGGCUCAGAUGAUGCUACGUGUCGCCUCUACGACCUCCGGGCAGACAGGGAGGUUGCCAUCUAUUCCAAAGACAGUAUCAUAUUUGGAGCAUCCAGCGUGGACUUCUCCCUCAGUGGUCGCCUGCUGUUUGCUGGAUACAAUGAUUAUACCAUCAACGUCUGGGAUGUUCUUAAAGGGUCUCGAGUCUCCAUCCUGUUUGGACAUGAAAACCGUGUUAGUACUCUACGCGUUUCCCCUGAUGGGACUGCUUUUUGCUCAGGAUCAUGGGAUCAUACCCUAAGAGUUUGGGCUUAAUCAUCUGCCCACGAUGCACACAUGGGUACCUAAGGAUGGAAUUUUAAAUCGUCACAUAUAAAUAGAUCUUACUUCUGGAGAACAUGAGGGUUGCUUGCAGCUUAGCUUAAAGGAGCAGCUCCACAGCUGAAAAGCUCACUAAGCAACUCCAAUAUGACUAUUAAAACCACCACUGGAAAGAUGCCAGUGUGCGCUUUCGCACUAGGAGAACACCUUCAAGUACAGUGUUUUUCAUUUUGAACACUUUUUCAAAUGUAUUCAUUUUUAAUGUUAUUCUCAUAAUACGAGUCUCAGCUCCAUCUAUUACCAAUAGAAUUCAGCAUCACGUAUGUCCCAUAUUAUUUCCUUGAGUCAGAUUUGUUUUGGGAGUACUUUAAAAUCUGACCUUUCUCAGUGUGCACUGUGACUUUUGGAACCUUCUUCUAGAUGUGCUGAUCUUAAUGGACUGUUUGAGGGCUGUGUUAAUUAAUUGGCCUGUCAUAGAAGAAAAUUCCAAUUCCAAAUGUUAUUGGACAAAAUCACUUUUUGAAAAUAUGUUUCUAUUAUAAGGGUAUCUUUUUCAGUCUCAUACUGUCUUAUAAAACAUUUUCAUCUGUGUGAACUGCUAUAAAUGAAGUCGAGAUAUGCAUAAAGUGGACAGGAUGUUUGAUUUAUGAAUUAUGAUGAUAUGGUCUAUCACUAUAUCAUUUGGACAGGACAUUUUGUUUCAUUUGAGGGAAAAGCUGAGUGCUGUUUGUGACACAAAUGCUUCUCAGAACAACCAAAACCUUUCUCUGUGGUAACACAAAAUAGUGAACUUAUUUAAAAACCUAUUAGUAAUAUUAGAUGUAUUAAGAUGAGUAGUAUCCAGUCAGGCUAAAGAGGAUCUUGUCCAUACCAUACUCAGAAACUAUAAUAUGUGGACUCAUACUAGUCCAUAAACUGUAGUCAUAUUUAUUGCAUUACAGAUAUAAUUACAUAUACAGAUUAAUUGAUAGGUCUCAUGGGAUAAUGUCUUUGCUUCUCUUAUAGUGAGAAAAAAAUAGAAGAUAACUGGUCUUUAUUUGAAAUUUAGUAAUUCCUUCUGGAACAUACCAAGUGUUUUUGUUACAAGGAUCCCUUUUCCUUUUUUUAUUUUAGAUGUCAAGGCUUAUUGUUUUAGAAAAUUCAUUCGUAAAAAUGGCAUGCAUUACUUAGAGAAAUAAAAGGUCACCUCAGGCACCAAAAGCCAUUCCUGUGAGGCUCACCCUGUGGGCAGUCUGGGAUGUGACAGGCCAGGUCCUUGGGGUGCCCAAGGACGUAUGUCCGGAGUUCCCCAGAUCUCCUGUUCUCUUGGCCACCUCCAACCUGGCCCUCCUCUUAGUAGCCGUGUUGGCUUUGCAGGCCCAGCCAUAGGCCCUGCUGCUCAGAGAAGCCCUCCCCAGAGAUGAGCCAGGCUCAGAGAGGUCUGUCAGUCACCAGGGAGGUCUGAACCUGGCACUUCUGGAAGCACCAAGGGCUUCCGGACAUGCCUUCACUCAGACUACCUGUGAUGAGCCAGUCAGUCAAAAAUCAGCCAGUCCAGGUUUUUCCAUCAAUUCUUGUUAAACAUUAGGGUUAUAUCUGGUCAUCUGCCAAGCAAACUUUUACCAAGGGCUUAACUACACAGCAGGCCCUAGGGUAAAGAGUGAAAUAUGAAAGGUCCUUGCUUGCCUCCAGAGAGCCCAGAGGGAGGGACCGUGGUCCAGAGGGAUGCUGUUUCAGCCAUCUUCUCUCCCAGCCUUCUCCCUCCCCCAGUGGAUUCCAGUCUGGGCAGGGGCCAUGGGGUGUCCUGCCAGCUGCAAAAGCAGAAAGGUCCCAGAGUGUGUCCCGGGGUAUUUCCAAGCUCUGCUCCCAGGAUGUUACAGAGGUUGUGCCUAGCUCCUAGCUAGGAUACCCUUCCCUCUUUCCCACAGACCCUUCAGUGUCUCUGCAUUCUAACCUGGGCCUCCCAGAAGUAAAGGAAGACAGGACAAAGGAAACAUCAUCUAGACUCAGGGUCAGCAAUUUCAAGGUUAUGUGUUUGGAGAGAGAGAGAGCCUCUUCAGUAUAUGUACAAAAUAGCCCAUAACUUCCCAAUUAAAAAGCUACAAAAAAAACUUUUUAACUAUGAAAGUAUUCCCUAGAAUGCUCCCUUAGCCCCAUGGGCAGUAAGCCACUUACAAGUAUUUAAUCUCACAGUAGGUGUUGUUUAGUAUUUAUUGAUGAAAUACUUGGUUUGGAAUAUACAGCACCAUGUGGAAACUCCAGGUAAUAAAUUGUAUUUUGCAUAUUGAAAA